AUGGACUAUUUCUGCCCUGCCACCAUUCUACGCUGGCUCUCAGUUGUCCUUUACUGUGGAUGCUUGCCUUCAAGUCGUUUCUUGAAUCUUGCCCGGAAGGGGUCCUCCUGGGGUGGCCAUAAAGGGGGCGAGGACUUGAAGGCGGCACCCAACGACGACGCCGAGAAGGGAGGAGGAGGAGGGGAACAAAAGGGGGUCCCUCUUUCCUGCCUGGAACCUGGUCAAGAGGCUGCCUCUUCCACUAGACUUUUUCCACCAUGGCCUUCACGUUUGCCGCUUCUGCUACAUGCUCUCCUUGGUGCUGUGGGCGCAGCCCUCAUCUUCUUUGCUAUCUGGCACAUAAUUGCCUUUGAUGAAUUAAAGACAGACUUCAAGAGUCCCAUAGACCAGUGUAACCCUGCACAUGCGAGAGAGCGGCUGAGGAAUAUUGAGAGAAUUUGCUUUCUUCUGAGAAAGCUAGUAUUGCCAGAAUAUUCAAUCCACAGCCUUUUCUGUAUAAUGUUUCUAUGUGCUCAAGAAUGGCUGACCCUUGGCUUGAAUAUUCCUCUGCUUUUCUAUCACUUUUGGAGGUAUUUCCACUGUCCAGCAGACAGCACAGAGGUAGCAUACGAUCCACCAGCAGUAAUGAAUGCAGAUACCUUGGUCUACUGCCAAAGAGAGGCUUGGUGUAAACUAGCUUUCUAUCUCCUGUCAUUCUUCUAUUAUCUUUACUGCAUGAUCUACGCCUUAGUGAGUUCCUAAUUCAAAGAUGCUACUAAAAGCUGGAAACAACAAAGGGUACAGAAUAAAGACAAGGCAGCCUACAGUGAUGCUUGAUGCAUAAAGCGCCACAAAGAGAUGGAAGCUUUGAAUCCAACCUCCAUGUAGGAUGUAAAAGAAAAGAAAAGAGAAAAGAAAAGCCUUCUUUAGGGAAAAGAGUUGACUGCAGAAGUGUAAAAACUUGAAGUGAUACGAAGCUGAUCAAACUGAUUUUCUCUGUUACUUCUCAGUGUUUUGUGGUUUUUGGAUUCAUGAUUUCCCAACAUAAACAAAACAAGUAUGUAUUUAUAAAGUUAAAAGUAGUUACUUUUGAAGAGAGUUUCAUCCACACAUGAUGGAAGAGAAAUUCUGUCACAUUAAUUUUAUCACAAGAGGUUUACAAGAUUUACAGUGAGGAAGAUGGUUUCUUUACCCUUUCUUUUUACAAUGGGACUGUAAAGCAAGACGGUUCCCGACAGUAACUGCAGAUAAGAUGGAGACUUUGCCCAAAAAUCUUGUUUUCAGAGUCGAAUUGCUGGUUGGAGAAAAGCAAGGAAAACAUGACUAGUUGUGAUGAAGAAGAGAGAUGUUUUGUCAGAACACAAGACAGAAAUACAUUCAGAGUAUAUACCCUGUCAUUCUGAGCUGCAGAUCUUUUGUAUGGUUGGCUCUUCAGUGGUUUCUAUGAGCAUGUUUCAGAAAUGCUGAAUCUGUUUACACACAGUGCAGUAAAAUAGUACUAGUGCAUUAUGUAUGAUGACACAAUUAUUUCAAGAAUUCAGUAGUAUAUUCCUCCUACUGGAGAAAAUAUAUGCUACUUACACACAUGAAGAUGUGACAGAACACUCCAAACAACCCAAAAUACAAAUUGUAAAGGACCACAUUACUUUAGUCUGCAGUCUUGUCACGUGGCUUCAGUUGUGUGGUCCCUCUGAAUCUAAAAUUAAUGGGGCUGUUCAGUUUUUUCCUCAUACCAAAUGCAUGUUGUAAAGAAUAGAAAUAAAUGGUCAUUUCCUUUUUUUUCUA